CCUGGUCCGACUGCAAACGGUACCCCCGGAACAACACGCAGUCGUUGUUCCGGCCAGCUGUUAGCCGAGUUUGGAACGGCAAAACUGUCAGUUUUUCAAUGUUUUAUUUGCUUUAAGCACUUGUUUUUUUCAUUUUCAAUGGAAUAUGGCUUCGUGGACUCUCACUGUCAUAUAUCUGCCAAUGAGUUCGAAGAGGAUCUGGAGGAUGUGAUCCAGCGGUCCACAGAGGCCGGGGUACAGACUCUGGUUGCCGUUACAGAGGAGGUCGGGGAGUUUGCCAGAGUUCUGCAGCUGCAGGAACGUUAUCCAGAUCUGGUGGCUCCAUGUUUCGGUGUCCACCCGCUGCAGGCCGGCGGGGGCUCCGAGCAGCGCAGCGCGACUCCUCGGGACCUUGAAGCUGCCCUGCCAGAGUUCUACAAACACAGAGAACGCCUCGUCGCUGUCGGAGAGAUCGGUUUGGACUUCACGCCGUGGUGCGCUCCCACUCAGCAGGACAGAGACGACCAGAUGAGCGUCUUCGUCAAGCAGCUCAGCGUCGCCAGAGAGCUGGAUCUGCCUGUGAACGUCCACUCACGAUCAGCCGCCAAGGUCACCAUAGCGACCAUGAGGGAGCAAGGUGUAAGUCGAGCUCUGCUUCAUAACUUCGCGGGGAAGCCGUCUGUAGCUCUGGAGGGCGUGAGGGCCGGCUACUUCUUCUCCUUCCCGCCCGCUGUGUGCAGGAACCAACAGAGAGACAAACUGAUCCAGAGGAUCCCGCUGGAACACAUCUGUCUCGAGACCGACUCUCCUGCGCUGGGGCCCGACAAGCAUGUGAGGAACGAGCCCAGCAACAUCGUUCUGUCCUGCCGGCACAUCGCUAAGGUCAAAGGCCUGUCGCCACAAACCGUUCAGCUCGUCACCGCACAAAAUGCUUAUAGGCUUUUCCCCAAAGCGAACAGGCGCUAAUACUCAGGUGCAGCGCACACGUUUCCGGGAUGAGAGGUUUGGCCCUGAAGGGGACGCCAGAGGAAAUGAUAAAUUAUCACGCUCAGUUCUAGUUGGCAUCGGAAGUUUUGCAUGCUAACAAGCAGUGUGAGCGUAUAAUGUACAAUGUUGGUAAAGAUGGUGUGUUAGCAUGUUGUGAUAGCAUUUAUCUAAUUGUACAGACAGGGCUGACAGGGUUUUAAUUGUUAGUUUUUGAGGUAUUUAAUGAAAUGAAGUGUUUCACAAGAAGAACUUUUGACCUGCUGGUGACUCGACAUAUUUUUAUUUCAACAUGUAUCGAGACAGACACGAGCAAUCACAAAGAAAAGGCAGAGAACAACGCUCGUGUGUGAUGAUAGCUGGAUACUGUGUCAUGAUGUGUUCCGCUCGGUGUUCAUGGGAAGAAAAUCCUGAAGGUUGAAGUGCGUUCAGGUCCUGUGUGUAUUUCUUAGCUUCUUUGUGGGGUCACAUCAGAAAGCAGCCGUCUACACCAGGUGGGAUUCAUCUGGAAGAGAGGAAAAACAGGAGGAGAGGGUGGAACGACUGAUAGUUUUGCUGUUGAACAUUUUAAAGAGUUUUCUACUGUGUUAGAACACGAACCAAGACCAUCAGAAAAAAUAUUCCAUGUCUUGAAUGACAACAGUGGGGAGUCUUGAGCCAAGGAAACAACUUUUCUCCAACAAUCGCUUGUGGAAAACAAGUGUUUGUUGUUGUCUUUUGUGAGCUGCUAGACAUUGUUUAUUUGUUGCUGCUUUCAAAGAUCCACCGACCGAUCAUACAGUCAGCUGUCGACCCAAUGCAUGCAAAAAAAUGUAAUUUAAUAAUUUUCAGCUUGUCUCAAAAAACCUCAUACAAGUUGGCUUUAAACAAAGCUGCCCAGAGACACAUGGAAUCUGAUUAUUUGAGACAGUUGAAAGAUUAUAAAAACUGAAUUUUACUGUCACUGGACACGGGUUAUUCUCUGUUGCUUCUGUGAAAUGUGAUGUUUACUUUUUAGAACUUCGUUGUUAAACAUUAUAUGCUGCUGUCUCGGUCAGGACUCCCUUGUAAAAGACAUUUCUAAUCUCAGUGGGAAUAUUCCAGGUAAAAUAAAGGUUUCAUUAAGAAGCAUGAA